AAAUGGAAUAUAACCUGUAAAAUUGUGAAUCACUGUGUUGUACAUCUGAAACUUGUAUAAUUUUGUACCUUAAUUGUACCUCAGUUUAAAAAAAGAAUAAGCCUUCAAGGAUUGUACAGCACAGGGAAUAUAGCCAAUAUUUUAUAAUUUUAAGUGGAGUAUAAUUACUUAAAAAUUUGAAUCACUGUGUUGUACACCUGAAACUAGUAACUCAACUAUACAUCAAUAAUAAUAAUAAAUUUAAAAGAUGGCAAGUGACUAUUCAACAAGUAGUUUGAAGGCAUCUGGCUGUCCACCUAAAUUGUAAAAUAACACCACCUCCAAAUUAAAAUUAUUCAUGGGCUAAAAAUAAACCCUCAUAAGAGUUAAGCAUAAAAAGAAACCUAUAAAGUUAUUUUUAUAAUUUGGCCCUCCUAAGCAAUACACAAAAUCCAGAAACAAUAAAAGAUUGAUAAUUUUAGCCUUAUUGAAAAUUAAAAUGGGGAGGGAAAAGGGAAUGGGCAGGCUGGUGAAAAACAGUAAUGUUUUCUACUCUGUUUUUUGAAUCUUAUACAAUGAGAACUUACUGGGGACAACGUGGCUUACAAGACUAAAAAAAAUGGAAAAUUUUGUGAGUAGUUAACUUCGUGCCGUGGCUUUUUCAUUCAUCCAUUGAUCACCCAGUACUGAGCUCCUCUAUGUGUACUUGGACUGUGUGGAGGUUAAUAAAAGAGCCACCACCUAGGGCCCGCUAUCUGUGCAAUGGUUGUCCAAGAAGGAAAAGCUCACUCAGUUCAGCUUCCUGGAGUGGGUGGGAUUUGAUCUGACCCUUGCAAACUGGGGAGAAGAUAAGGGUCUUCCAGGCUAGGGAGACUGAGGUUGGCAGCCCCACGUGCCCAGCUGCUUGGCACCCACGCUGGGCUGGGCCUCCUUGAAGUGGGUGGGUUUUGCACAGGCCUCCCCUGUGUCGGGAACAGUAGUGGAGGAAGUGGUGAGAGUGGGUCAGAGUCAGGUUUGGAGAUUGGCACACCGAGCCUGAGAGAAGUUCAAAGGGUUGAGAGAAUGAAUGCUACCUGGGCUGGGAGCAGUGAAGUGACUGGAGGCCCUGCUUAUCCAGCCUCUCAGGUGUGGAUGGGGUGGUAGAGUUUACUUAAGAGGCCGACUGGCUAACACCACAGGAUUAGAAGAGAUGCUGAGUCAGGGGCAUGUGUGCAGGGCAGGCCUCAGGGGACCACAGCCCUGAGGUGGGGCCACCUCUCAGUUCUCACCACACCCUGGACAGGAGUCCUCAACACAGACCCGUGGCUCUAAGCUUGAGCUCACCAAGCUACUCUCACUCCAGAUGCAAGCUCAGCACAGGAUGAGACAGGACACAAAGCCUUCUGAUCACUUGUCACUGCUUACAGCAGCAUGCUGGUCAAUUUUCAUUCUGUAAACGAACAUACACAGGAGAGCAAUUUACAGCAACACUUUGCGGGGAAAGAUGGCUUGUGUCUGAGAGGUGGGAGUGGUAAGAAGAGGUCAGGUGGUCAGGAUGGGAAGCCUUCAGAAUUUCCUGAUGGGCUGGAGAUGCGUGAAGAGUCACAGGUGGCUAUGCGCCUUUGGCCUUUGCAGCUAGAAACCAGUUGCCCUCAGCUGUGGGAAGGAAGGCUGCAGAUGGGGCAGAGUUCCGUAGGCAAGCCACUGGUCAAGCUGUGCCUGCCCCUUAGGCAGCUCCCCUGCUGGUUCUCCUGCUUACAGGUCUUCCUCUUCCCAAGUUCCACUACUUCCCUACCCCUUAGCUGGGGGUGAGGGGGGUGUCAGAGCCUUCUUCCUAAGGAGAAACCAGGGGGGCCCUCCCUCCCACGGGAAGGACAUCUCAGGUCCCCCUGUGGCGUCUGUUCCCUUCCCCCUCCCGCCCUUCCCCAGAGCCUGCCCAGGGUUGGUACCCUAAGGCAGGGCUGGGAAGGGAGCCUGAGCCACCAGCCUGCUCACACUACAGCACAGCCUGGGGACAGGGAAAACCUUGUCACUGUCACUUUAAGUCUCCAGAGGGAGGGGGUCCUCGACCCUGGAUUCACCACCCUGAGGAAGACAGAGAAGGAAGUGGGGCAGGUUUGCGGACAGCACCAAGCAGCGCUCCUAGGGCCCGCUCACACGUAAAAACUUCCUGCGAUGAGACCGGAAACACAGGUGCUGUCCCCACCACGGCAGCCCCCAGAGCCUGGGCCAGAGGGGAGCCAUGGACAGGCCCCGGGCCCUGGGCCUGCUCUUGGCGUUGCUGACUCUCUGCAUCACUGCUGGGACUCCUGAGGUGUGGGUGCAGGUUCAGAUGGAGGCCACCGAGUCCCCAUCCUUCACUGUCCGCUGUGGAUUCCUGGGAUCUGGCUCUAUCUCCCUGGUGACUGUAAGCUACGGGGGCCCCGAUGGUGCCGGAGGGACCACGCUGGCUGUGUUGCACCCAAAGUUCGGCACCCAGCGCUGGAACCCUGCCUGCCGGGCCCACUGGGAAACCAGAACCAGCAUCUCCCUCACCUUGGAAGAGUCCGAGGCGAGAAGUUCCAGUCCCAACACCACCUUCUGCUGCAAGUUUACUUCCUUCCCCGAGGGCUCCCAGGAGGCCUGUGGGAACAUCUCCCUCAGCCCAGACCAAGGGCUCCCUGCUCCUACUCCAGCCACCAUGCUGCGAGCUGACCUGGCUGGGAUCUUGGGGGUUUCGGGGGUCCUUCUCUUUGGCUGCGUCUACCUCCUCUACCUCCUGCGUCGGCAAAGGCACUGGUCUGUCAUGAAGCUUCAGCCACCCAGCCACAGCAGCCCCCAGACACAGAGGAGAGCAAGUGCAGCCGGCCAAGCCUCCCUGACCUCUCUCCACAUCCCCUAUGCCACCAUCAACACCAGCUACUUCAGCCCGGCAACUCUGCACCGGGUCCUCCCACCCCAGCCCCUACCCAGGUGGGCGCCGCUCCCCAGCCAGAGCCCCGUCCCCUGGGCACCCCUGCCGGCCUCCACUCGCAGCAGCUUCAUCUCUGUUGAGAACCGACUCUACGCUCAAGCAGAAAAGGGGCCCCUCCACGCCGGCACCGACCUCAUCCCGCUCCCGGACUGUCUGGGGCGCAGAGCCAUGGAGGGGCGUUAGGAGUUCGAUGAGAGGGACCCCAAGUCCACUCUGCCUUUCUCCUCUCCUGGGCCCCUAGAACCCCCUUCUGUUGGGUGUGUGUCCUGGUGGUCCACUGUCUUUGCACAGCUUGUUUUGUUCUCAGGCUUCCAGUAAGUGUCUCCACACAUACCCCUCCAGGGCCCACUUGCUGUGGAUGUGGUCAGCACGAGUGCAUGCGUGGGCGCACGUGUAUGUAUGUGAAGUGACAAAACCCCAUCCCGGGUCGUUUCCUGUUUUCAAGGCCCCAGCCCUCCCAGAUGAGGUUGAUAACUAAACCAAUGAGAAUGGUUUUUCUGACCUGG